AGAUGUCCUGAAAUAUUCUCCGACAUCUCUCUCUCUCUCUCUCUCUCUCUCUCGUUUGUAUUUUUCCCUCCGAGUAGCUUUCAAAUAUUUUUUUGGUCAUUCCAAUUUCUUAGAUUUGAUCCAAAAAUACAUCCUCCUAUCGACAUAGGGACUUGACUUGACUAUCGAUUCAACAUACCACGAUGUCGACCAAAGGGUACUUUUCAAAACAACCAGGUAUACGCAGAACUUCGACCGAACCAGUGCCCAAAACAAAGAGACGAAUAUCGGUAGCAGUGGAAGAACCAUCUCCGCGGCAAUCCAAGGACGAGAAUCCCGACUUGCGAGGGAAAGACCAGUCCCAACAAGAGGAUACUGUCGUAAUAGCAGUCAUGGGGGUCACUGGAUCUGGAAAGAGCUCCUUGAUAUCCCUCCUCGCCGAUCAACCCGUCGGGAUAGGGCAUAAUCUUCAAUCGCACACCACCCACAUAGACAUGUUCAGCUUUACGCACCCGGAAAAGAAGAACACUGUGAUCCUUCUCGAUACCCCCGGAUUCGACGAUACCGACCGCUCGGAUACGGAGAUCCUCAAAGAGAUUUCAUGCUUUCUCGCAAUGAUUCAUGAGAAGCGCUGGCGUCUCGUGGGCGUUGUCUACCUGCAUCGCAUCACAGAUCCUCGUCUGGGAGGGUCUGCAAUGAAAAACCUUCACAUGUUUGAGAAGCUGUGUGGAACCCGCAGCUUCGCCGGGGUCGUGCUGGUCACCACCAUGUGGGAAGACCUAGGACCAACAGAGGCAGAUCAGGCAAUUGGGCACCGGAGACAAACCGAACUGGAGAAUGAAUUCUGGAAGACCAUCAUUGCAGAAGGUGGCAAUGUCAUGGAACAUGACGGUUCUGCAGAGAGUGCCUCAACCAUUGUGUCUUCACUGGUCAAGCGAAAUGAAGAGGUAGUCUUGCACAUCGUGCACGAGCUGGUUGAUGAAAGGAAGACACUGGACGAAACGGAUGCCGGUCAGUACGUCCAGGCAGAGCUCUUGAAGAUCAAGAAGAAAUACGACAGGGAGAUUGCCGACCUUCAGGAGAGUAUGGAAGAGGCUAUGGAGGCAAGGGAUGAAGCAACCGCCCGAGCGAUCAAGAGAGAGAAGGAAGCUGCGAAGGCCAAAGUGGCACAAAAAGCUCGUGAAUCCAAGGGCCUCAAGGUGUCGAUGUCGCAGCUCGUGCAAGAAAAGAUGGCUGAGUACCAUGCUCGCGCCACUGAGCCCGAUCACCACGACGCUUUCAGUGGCCGUAUUGCGGACCUGUUCGAAGAACUCAAGUCGGAGGUGCAGGAAAUGAAGCAUCAACAACAGUUACAACAACAGAUGCUUACUCAGCUCUCACAAACGCAAACCAAGGAACAACGCGUGAUUGAGACAGUAGAACAGCCAGAAGGGGGACAGGAAAAAGAAGAAAAUAAGUCCGGUGGGUUGAUGGGAUGGUUCUCCAGACCCUUGAGUGGGUUUUCACGAUUUUCUUGAAGGAAUAUGGCAAGUGGCAAGUUGAGGGGAAAGAGUCCAGCGAUCUAGGAAACUACACUCUACUACUUCUAUUAUGCAUAUAAAUAUAGUAUAAUAAUUCAAUCUAUAGGAUCUUCCUA